AUGGCCGACCAAUUCGUAGUGGCAGGUAACGGUGGCAUGAAGGGCGACGAGGAAAGCCCUAUGGCCAAGUUCUCUUCCGGCGAGGACUCUGACCUGGAGGCAUCCCGGCACGGCAACUGGGUUACCGGCGUGUUCCAUAUCAUCACAGCAGUCGUGGGCGCCGGCGUCCUGUCACUCUCCUACUCCAUCGCCCAGCUGGGCUGGAUCGGGGGCAUGCUCGUUCUCCUGGCCUUUGCCGGCAUCACCUGGUACACAACCCGCCUGCUGGCCGACGUUUGCCUGGUCAAUGGUGUCCGUCAGAGGUCCUAUAUGGGCGCCGUGCGCACCCUGAUGGGCGAGACCCACUGCCGCCUGCUCGCGUGUGUCCAGUACUUCAACCUCUUCCUCACGGCCAUUGCCUACAACAUCACCGGCGCCACCUCCAUGUCCAACGUGGCGAAGACCUACUGCAACGCCGAGGGCGAGGGCUGCUUCGACAAGUACUGGGUGUUCUGCGUCAUCUUUGGCGGCGCCCAGCUGGUCCUGUCCCAGCUGCCCAACAUGGACUCGCUGUGGGUGGUGUCUGCCGUCGGCAUGUUCACCUCCUUUGCCUACUCCAUCAUCGCGCUGGCCCUGGCCAUCAACGAGGGCAGCUCCGGGGAGUCCAGUAUCCACGGCGUGCCCAACACCCCCGCCGGCAAGAUGUGGAGCGUGUUCAACGCCAUGGGCGCAAUCGUCUUCGCCUACUCCUUCUCCUUCAUCCUGGUGGAGAUCACCGACACCAUGCGCUCGGCGGGCCGGGGUCCCGUUUUCCACAUCAAGCGCGCGGUCAACGUGUCGAUGGUCAUCAUCACCAGCUUCUACAUCGCGGUCGCGGUGUCCGGCUACGUCGCCUUUGGCAACGAGGUCUGCGGCAACAUCAUCUCCUGCUUCACCACCCCGGUCUGGCUCAUCCGCGCCACCAACAUCUUCGUCCUCAUCCACAUGCUGCCGGCCUACCAGGUCUUCUCCCAGCCCCUGUUUGAGUUCCUGCAGCGCCAGAUGGCGAGCGUGAAGGCCUUCCCGCCCUGGGUGGCCUCCGUGGCGUUCAGGAUCGUGUUCAGGUCGGCCUACGUCGCCUUUGUCGCCUUCAUCUCCGUCUGUCUGCCCUUCUUCAGCGACAUCGUUGGCCUGAUUGGGGCCAUCGGCUUCUGGCCCGCCACCGUCUUCUACCCCAUCGAGAUGUACAUCAGGUACCGCAAGCCGGGGCCGACGGCGCGCUACGCCCUGGAGGCACUCAACGUCCUCUGCUUCCUGGUCACCGUCUGUGCCAUCGCCGGCUCCGUCCAGCUCAUCGUCGCAGACUCCGCAGACUACGAGGUCUUUGGCAGCUAG